GGGCGGGCUCUUCGAUGGUGCCCCUCACAAACAUGGCACCUUACGUUGGUGUGCUUUGAUUCUGAGUACGCGUAGAUUCGGGAACGGUUCCUGUCGCUCGCGCCAAUGACGUCGCUGGCACGCUGAGAGGGACGCGGCGCGAGGCUGGAGCUGGACACGUGGGGAUGGAGCCGGCUCGGGGCUUCAGGGCCAGGGGGCGGCUGCGGAGGAGCCGGAGGCUGCAGGCGCAGGGGCUAGAGCCGGCGCCCGAGCGAAGCUGGGAGGAGCCUCUGGCUCCGCCGCUCGGCCCCGAGGACGGGCAAGCGGGUGCCCCCGGGGAGCCCGGCAGCGGCGCGACCCUGGGGGUGGCACCGGCACCGGCACCGGCCCUGGCCCUGCAGCGGCGGAAUCCGGCCAAGAAGGGCAAGGAGGCGCCGGCGGUUCCCAAGGGAAAACCUAAAUCCGGGCGGGUGUGGAAGGAUCCCGGCAAGAAGCGGUUUUCCCAUAUGAUUCAGGACAAGCCCCUCCGCACCUCCUGGGAGCGAAAGAUGAAAGAGCGCCAGGAGAAGAAAAUAGUCAAGGAUUUUGCCCAGCAUCUUCAGGAAGAAAAACAGAGGGCGCGUGAGGAGAAAAAGCAGCGCCGGGAAGAGAACUUGAAACGACGCCUGGAGAACGAGCGGAAGGCAGAGAUCGUACAAGUGAUCCGGAAUCCGCUCAAGCUGAAGCGUGCCAAGAAGAAGCAGCUACGCCGGAUCGAGAAGCGGGAUACGCUGGCAUUACUGCAGAAACGCCAGGCGCAGCGCAAAGAGGCCAAGGAGCCGAUGCCUGUAGCAAUAGAUCACCCUGUCACCUGCAGUUGGCAGCUUUCAGCAGCUGGACUUCUGCCUCCAGCCCUGCCGGGAACAUCCUGUCACCUCGAUGCACCAGCAGGCCUAGCAACCCGCUGAGCUGCUGCAUCCAUCCCACAAG